CGAUAUAUUAUCGUUCUCAUUCAAAUGUUGAGUUCAGUAGCAACCAAUUGGGAUUUUCUGUCUCAUUCGCUAGCUGACUGUUCGCAGUAAACGACGGUUUGUGUUCAAUUCGAGUCGGUGUUAACACAUCACACAUAUUCAAGCUACAAUGGGCGUACCAGCUGGUGAUGUUGAGAAGGGCAAGAAGCUGUUCGUGCAGCGUUGCGCACAGUGCCACACCGUUGAGGCCGGUGGCAAGCACAAGGUUGGUCCCAAUCUCCAUGGUCUGAUCGGUCGCAAGACCGGCCAGGCGCCCGGCUUCGCUUACACAGAUGCCAACAAGGCCAAGGGUAUCACCUGGAAUGAGGAUACACUCUUCGAAUACCUGGAGAACCCCAAGAAGUACAUCCCCGGCACCAAGAUGAUCUUCGCCGGUCUGAAGAAGCCCAAUGAGCGUGGCGAUCUGAUUGCCUACCUGAAAUCGGCCACCAAGUAAACGGAAGCGAUCUGUAUGCACCACAGUACCUAGGCUACCACCUUUAGCAACUGGAUUUUCUGUAUUAUGGUCGAUAUCAUGGGAGCGGUCACACUAACAACAACAACAACAACCCACAUAUAAAACAAGAAGAAAAUACAGAACUUAUGUAAAACUACAAUUAUGUUAAUUAUAAAGUUUAAAUAGGACAAUUACAUUAUUUAAUUUUAAAAGUGGAACUAUUUAAUUUAAAGCCGACGUAUUGUAACGACCACAAGAUGAACAACAAAAAUUAAAUAAUAAAAACAACAACAAAAGAA